UAUUUUGUAGGCUAGUAUAGUUGCCAGAUGUGCACUAAAGUAUAGCCUUUGCUUUUGGCAAGUACCCCAAAAGUUCGAAUUGCAAAUUCCUCUCAUAAUCAUCAUUUUUGAAAUACGAAUAUGCCCUCAGAUAAUCGUAUCCGCACGACAACAAGCAUUCUCCCAUAGAUUGCACACGUUCUACAGUGAACUUUCCAACUGUCAAACUUGUUUGUCUACAAGAUUCCCAAAUACGCCCAAACGCAUUCACCCCAUGAUUCAAUGAAGUCAUUGAAUGAUAUAAUGUUAAUAAUGUAAUUGUUUCGUUUGGCUCUAACGGAUUUUACGAAUGACACUCUGGCAACACAGCAAGCUAAAACACUGAAAAUCAGAGAUUUUGUAAAUACUUUUUUAGGGUAUUUUUCUUAGCAAUAAGCCCAAAUCAGGUUCUAAACGCGAUUUUGAAAUCAUUGAGCUAUACAACAAUGCAAACCAUGUCCUCAUAUAACUUUCCACUUUUGAACUAUUGCGUUUUAAAUUCAAUGAAAAUCUGCUACAUGCAUUUUAAAUGGGAUCAGCUGUUCACUUUACCAAAGUGCUAACCAGUGACGUCAUGUGCGCACGAAAAUCGAGUUUUCGACCGAUUAAUAUUCUACCUUGUAUUCAUUGUAUCAUGGAUCAGCAUCGUAGGCGAGCCCUGUUAUUUUAAAUAUCGAUAACAGGUACCGACUGUUCCAUACCAAUAUCUGUUCCAAAAUAUUUGUGACAAGAAUUUCGUGUCAUCCCUAGUACGAAACCACUCCACAUGGAUCUGACAGAGACGUUUGAACUGUCAAGCAUUUCAAAGUUUUGUGGGGACAAUUUUUGAACGGUUAGUGCUGGUAAUUCGUGACUUUGCUGCAUCCAAAAUGUAGAUGUUUUCUAAUGCGUUUCUGUAACGCAAGGAAUACCACUUGACAAACAUUUCAGCCCUUUGUUCUUCGGUUAAUUGUUGUUGAUAGUGAAUCCCAAAUAAAGGGCAUUUUACACCGUUUGCACCCUUUUGUUAUACAAUACGUGAACAUGUUUGUCAUAUUUUCUACUACUAACUGAUUUCGAGUUAUUUGCAAUACUUCGUACAAUCAAACUGAACGUUCAGCACAUUACUACUUAAAAACGAUAAAGAAAUGGAUCGAAUAGAAUUGGGGGACCAAGUGUAUGCUGCAGAGAGGAUUAUGAAGAAACGGAACCGCAAGGGUAUAGUCGAAUUUUACGUGAAAUGGAAAGGCUGGAGUCAAAAGCACAACACAUGGGAACCAGAGGAGAACAUUCUGGAUGCAAGGCUGAUUGAAUUAUUUGAACUUUCACAGAGAAAUGAAGGAAGUGCCAAAAGGGGUCCCAAAAGAAAAGAAAAGAAAGAAUCCCAGAGGGAAGUUGAAACCGAAGAUGAAGGCGAUGAAAGCCAAGAUGAAGCCCCUACAACUCAUAUUUCAAGCGGUAAAUACGACAGGAAAAAGGAUACAGAUAAGAAUCAAGACGAUAUUGUCAAUAAGAAAAGUGAAGAACGCGAAAUUGUUCCCGGUUUAAUUGAAGAUGAAGAAACUAGGACAGGGUCGGAAGACACAUCAGAAUCGACUUCAACCGCAGCACCGAUUUCAGCAGAUAAUGAAAAUUCAAACAGUUCAAGCAGUGAAGAUAGGAGACCACUUUUGUCGCGAAUAGAAGCAGGAACUAAACGAAAAGCUGAAGUUUUAUCCACUGAGAGUGGAAAAAUUGGAGUUACUAUAACUACCAGUCCGACUAAUCUUAGUCCACCACCACCCAAAAUAAAACACGAAGCCAAACAGCAGUCCUUAGACAAGAAAAAUGUUGAUGCCGAUGCCGACAUAGCUAAUUCUUCUACUAAAGAAUCUAUCCCUUCGGCAGAGUCUGAGAAACGACCUGUGAAAGUUGAGAUUAAGAAAGGAGAUAUUGUGCCUCUACCAUUGAAUGGUCAUAAUAACAACAAUAACGGUUCGCACGAAUCGUCAGAGUUGACUAGUCCUGGUUCCCAAUAUUGGCUUUCCCGAAAUCCAGUAGCUGAUCAAGUUUUCAUCACCGAUGUAACCGUUAAUUUGAAAACCGUAACAAUUAGAGAGUGCAAGACAGGCAAAGGGUUUUUCAAAGAACGGGAGGAUGAGAAAAAUAAACAUUCAAACGAUGUGAUCUAAAGGUACUCUGGUGACUUUUGUAUAUAUAUGGUUAUAAGACAAGAUCUUCAUCGUAAGGUGAAUAAAAUGUACAAAUUAGGCUUAUACACGUUGGUAUUUAGGAGAAAUGAUUCUAAAAGACUGGUUGGUGCUAUGAUAGGAUAAAACUUUUUUUUGUAGCGAUUCUUAUACAAAAGUUUCUUCAUUCGUAACUAGUCCUAAAAAGUCGAGACAUUGUUUUAUAUACUUAAAAAAAAAAGCGGAAAUAACACGUACUAGUCGGAUAUUAGCAACAUUUAAUUGUCUCUUGUGGGAAUUAAUUGUUCUGAUUUUCUUACAAUGUUGCAGCACUAAUUGUUAUCUAAUUUUUAAAGAAUUAUUUACUAUAGAAAGUUUUUAGCGGUUAAUAACCUUGUUAAUGCAUUUCAUUUGAAAAUGGUUUUGGUCCGGAUAAUUGUCGUUACACGGUUGUUUUUCCGAAGUUGCUAAACAUUUUGAAACGGUUUGAAUGUAAACAAGAAUGUUUUUCAAGUCAAUUUUAGCUGACUUAAUUUUAUUAUUGCCUAAAACUUAAUGUACUAUAUUUAUUUAAUUUCAAUUUAUGUCAUUUCUUCAAUUUUUGACAACUAUUUAAUUUUAAGUUUUACCUUUAUUUAUUAGCGUAUUUAUUUAUUUAUUAUUAAUUUUAGGAUAUGCUUUGCUACGAGGCUUUAAUACUGGCAUUUUAAUAUUGGAUUUUUCAGAUAAUUCUUACAUUAAUAAAAUGUAAUUUUUGAUCUGAAAAUAUCUGCUUUUAUAAUAUUGUCAGGCAGUAAAUUAUUUUUACGGCUAAUUUUAGUCUGAACUCAAUCGAGUUACUGUAGUCAUUAUUUUUCUAUUGUCUAGCAGUAGGUAGCUACUAAUAAUAGUUUCUCUUUUGGGACUAUAUUCGGAUUCUUUACUAAAUUGAAUAAAAUCGUGACUUCAUCAAUUUUAAUGCUUACAGUGGAUUAAUUGGAACAAAUUUUAUACACGUUUAAAGAAUUACUGCUGGUUGUUGGCUACUGGCUUUCAAACAUCGGGUCUUCAAAUAUUGUUUAUAGUUAACAAUUGUUCAUAUGUUAUGUUAGUUUACUUCAUAUGGCCAAUUCUUUCCCUGAAUAAAGUGAAGAUUUAGUAUA